CUGCUAGCUAUGGUUCGUGUAUCAAGUGCUUCACCCUUGCAACUUGCUCACAUCAUCUCACAUGAGGAUCUUCUUACUUUGCUUCCUCCUUUCCAUUGGCCUUGAUCUUGCACUCUUCAGUGCAACUCCUGAUGACCAACUCUUAUACCUUGGCUUCACAGGCACUAAUCUUACCGUUGACGACACUGCCACAGUCACGUCGAACGGACUGCUUGAGGUAACCAAUGGUACACUUAAUUCCAAAGGCCAUGCUUUCUACCCAACUCCAUUGCACUUCCGCGAUUCACACAAUGGUACAGUGCAGUCUUUCUUCGUGACCUUCGUGUUUGCCAUCCGCUCCACCUACCAAAUCAUGAGCCUACAUGGCUUCGCCUUUAUCAUAGCCCCAAGCACGAAUUUCUCAGAUGCAAUGUCCAACCAAUACUUAGGAUUCAUGAACUCCCAGAAGAGAGGCAACUUGAGCAACCAUAUCUUCGCCAUUGAACUAGACACUGGCCUAAAUGUCGAGUUCCAAGACAUCGAUGCCAACCAUGUUGGCAUCGACAUCAACGAUCUCCACUCUAUAGAGUCCCACACUGCAGGCUACUAUGAUGAUAGGAACAGUAGCUUCCAAAAUAUGAGUCUUAUCAGUGGUGAUGCCAUGCAUGUGUGGGUAGAAUACCAUGGAGAAGCCAAAAGAAUCAGUGUGACUAUGGCUCCACUCCAUGUGGCGAAACCAAAAAGGCCGCUCAUCUCAACGCAUCUUGAUCUUUCAACAGUGCUACAGAAGUCAUCAUACAUCGGUUUCUCAUCAUCAACUGGCUCAGUUGAAUCGAUACACUAUGUGCUUGGCUGGAGCUUCGGCAUGAACAAACCUGCUCCAGAGAUCGAUAUUGCCAAACUGCCAAAGCUACCUCCGCAGGGCCAAAAACGUCAAUCAAUACUUCUGGAAACUGUCCUACCAAUAGCGACGGCAACAUUCAUAGUCGUUAUGGGUGCCAUCAUCAUUUCACUUGUGAGGAGGAAACGGCGAUAUGCUGAGCUGAAAGAAGAUUGGGAAGUUGAAUUCGGGCCACACCGUUUCUCAUACAAGGAUUUGUAUCAUGCUACCGAAGGAUUUAAGAGCAAGAACCUACUAGGCGCUGGAGGAUUCGGGAAAGUAUACAGAGGAGUACUUCCUUCAUCCAAAUUGGAAGUUGCUGUGAAGAAGGUUUCCCAUGAAUCAAGGCAGGGUAUGAAGGAGUUCAUUGCUGAAGUUGUUAGCAUUGGCCGCAUUCGACACCGUAACCUUGUUCAGUUACUUGGCUAUUGCAGGAGAAAAGGUGAAUUGCUUUUAGUAUAUGACUACAUGUCUAAUGGUAGUCUUGAUAAGUAUUUGUACUGUGAUGAGGGCAUGAGAACAGUGACUUGGGCUCAGAGGUUUCGGAUCAUCAAAGGCAUUGCAACAGGUCUGCUCUACCUCCAUGAGAAGUGGGAGAAAAUUGUCAUCCACCGUGAUAUUAAGGCAAGCAACGUGCUUCUUGAUAGUGAAAUGAACGGACGCCUUGGUGACUUUGGCCUUGCAAGAUUGUAUGACCAUGGCACCGAUCCACAGACCACACAUGUUGUAGGUACCAUGGGCUACCUAGCCCCAGAGUUGGUAAACACAGGAAAGGCAACCCCACUAACAGAUGUGUUUGCCUUUGGUGCAUUUCUUCUUGAGGUUACCUGCGGACAAAGGCCAGUGAACAACAAUACAAGGGAUAAUCAAGAGGUUCUUGUUGACUGGGUACUUGAGCAUUGGCACAAAGGAUCACUAACCGAUACGGUAGACCCCAAGCUACAAGGUCAUUAUAAUGUCGAUGAAGCAUGCCUGGCAUUAAAACUAGGGCUAUUAUGCUCACACCCAUUCACCAAUGUAAGGCCCAACAUGCAGCAAGUCGUGAAGUACCUUGAUGGAGAUUUGCCACUCCCGGAGUUGUCCCACACACACAUGAGCUUCAGCUUACUCACCCUAAUGCAAGACGAAGGGUUUGACCCAUACGUACUGUCAUACGAUUCAUCCAACAAGAUAAGCAUUGGUACAGUAUCCGGCAUCUCGGGAGGAAGAUGAUAUACAUGGCGUUUGAUCGAUGUCAUCAUAAUAUAAACUAACUAAUGGUUCCGUGAUGCACGAUUACUUUAGUACUAAUAAAUCAUGUACUAUAGUAUAGUAUUGUUUCUAUGGAUUAGACUUUUCUGGGGCUUUUCUUUUGCUAACACCAGUGUAUCAAUGUAUCAUUAGAUCUCCAAUAGGUUCUCCAAAGAAGACUGAAUAGGUAAAAAAAAGUCAGUGAAAUCACGAUGCAAUAGACUCACUAUCUUCCGGCUUCGCUAUCUCA